AUGAAUAAUUUAAAUUAUAUAUAUAUAUUUAUCAUUUAUUAUUUAUCAGCUAAUAAAUCAUCAUCAUUAUCAUCAUCAUCAUCCUCAUCAUCAUCAUUUUCUAAUUUCUUUUUCAUAGAUUCUUCUUGA